GUGCUGUUUGCAGUGACUCGUUAUGUGAGUGCACUACACAGGAUCUAUGCUUUCUACAGCUCUCUAGGCUACCAGGAGAGUCCUGACAACACCUUCGUCUUGAGCAAGAUGCAGUUUUGGGUGUUUCUCAAAGAUAUCCACAUGCACCAUGGCUGCCACACACUGACUGAGAUGGACAGGGUGAUAGGAGCUAAUUACCAGAAAUCACACUAUGAGCUUCAUAAUCCAUAUGAAAAGAUUUUACAGAGGCAGUUUAUCAACUAUUUAAUAAUCCUCUCACAUCUGGAAUACAGUCAAGAUUAUCAUGAAAGAAAAGAGACAGGACCCCUGCUUGAUUACUGCUUUUCGCGCUUGAUGGGCGAGAAGGUUCUGUGUCGGGCAUGCCAAGUUGAAAGUCCCAUUUAUGCUGAGACCAGGCGAGCAGUAAAUGCCCUGGUGCAUAUGGAUCAAGCAUAUGCAGUUUACCAGGCUGUCAGCACACAAAGAAAGCAUCCUCCUAGAGAGCCUGUUUUAAAAAUGAGACAGUUCCUGUUUCUGUUGAGGGAUCUUGAACUGAUCAAUGAGGAUUUAACCCCAGAAGCUGUGAUACAAGUGCUUGCUUCUGUGAAUCCCACACUCAGUGAUGGAGAAGGGAGUUAUAAUUUAGAACUCGAAAUGACAUUUCUGGAGUUUUUUGAGGCCCUUAUUGGCUGUGCAGAGAGGUAUGUGACAGAAAAGGUGGUCGUGGAUGCAGCAUCUCCCUGCACCAGUUCAGAUACCACCAGAGAACAGAGUGUGCAUUCAAUCCCAGAAUCCCCAUCCCAGACUGCAAUUCAGAUUGCGGAGGAAGAAUUGGUGGGCUCACAAGUGAACAUCACUUCUCCUCAAGAAAUUGAUCUAUAUUCAGGUGUUUCUGCAUCUACGGCCAUGUUUCUCAAGUUUGUAGUGGGCGAAAUCAAAGAGGAUUCAUGGAGUACUCCUAAACGAGAAGCCUUAAAAUCUAUGGAAGGAGCAUCUUCAAGGAUGCUAAGUAAUGCUAAGGAAAGCAUUUCAAGAAAGCGCAGUUCUUUAAAACCUAGCGGGCCGUCUCUCAUACCACCCAGCAGGCAAUCCAAGACUAUAGCAAACCUUGAGGAAGCAAGUAAAGAAACAGAAGGAUCGGAACAACAACUAGCAAAUGAAGAAACAAGAAAGUUCAACUUCUGGACUCAUCAGAUCCACAUCUUCUUUGUGAGCAAGUUCUUCCCUCACAUGGAGAAGUACCUAGAACUACAGAAGCGAAUAGAGGACAGAAAACUAGAAGAGGCUAGAAACAAGCUUAAGGCAGUUUCAGAAACAGAUAUGACAAUGGGCACAUCAGAAUUUGAGUCGGAGAUGGUGGAGUCGGCAGAGGGAGAUGAUAAUAUUGAAGAGAUGGAACAGCUGCUGGAAAAUGCCCAUUGA